UUCAUCACUGAUAAAAGAAACUGUGAUUCUGUUCAGGUUGAUGUAAACUUAAAAAAAUGACCAAUUACCAAAGGACAUGAAGAUGCACAGAGUGUGUUUUGGUACUCAGUUAUGAGGUAGAAUGAGAAACAGAGGAUCCAAGUGAGAGAAAAAGAAAGUGUGACGAAGAAAGAACCAAAGAUGUUGUGUUUGAAGAAGCGGAGGACGUACAGUUUCACGCAUGGUGUUUGCACGGAACUGCCUAGGCGAUCGAAAGAGGACAAUCAUCGGUACGAAGGGUCCUUGAACAUGGCUAUUACGACAUUGCCUCGUAAGAACAGAAUUAGAGAGGAAAGACCAUCCAGAAUGGUUUUAACUGUGACCGAAGACACACCAGCAGACAUGCUGGCCGGUAGUAUGGAGCUUCUGGUCCAGUUACCUCGGGAACAUCAUCUUCAAAUGCAAAGAGUCACGGUACAGAGAAGUACGCCGAUGAUGGAUCUCCUCGUGCAAAUCGCCACGGCUCACAAAUUGACAGCUUCCAACUAUACUCUCCAAGCGAUUGGAGAACGUGGGAUGGUUUUAUCUCAUCAACCCAAUACACCAAUUGGUGCGUUGGAUGCACUUCAGGUAAAAUUAUUACCUAAACAGGGGACUUUGGUACCAAGAAAAGCGAAACAAGUUAAUCAACCGUUUGAAACUACUUUCAGGUUACAGGUACAUUUACCAAGAAAUCAAUUGUAUGUAUCGAGAGUCAGUCCCAAGAUGAACUUAGGUGAGAUUUUGGAAGAAGUAUGUCGUGAAAAAGAUCUAGAUAAGAACAAAUAUGAACUGCGUCACCCAGCAAGCUUGGAAACAUUGGACUUAUCAUUGUCACUGCAGGAUUACCACUUACAGGAAGUUACUCUGUAUGCUAGACAAGGCAGAACACUAGGCUCAGCUCUUAGCACUCAGGAUAUAAUGGCUCUUCAAAGACAAGAAGAGCGACGUAGGCAGCAGGCAAAACAAGGUGUCUUUGGAUUUGUAUUCAAAAAAUCCAAAGAAGGUUCCUUAAGUACAGAUAGUCUUGGUGAACGUAGUGCGUCACCAGCAAGAAGUGACGAAACUGGAAGAAGUACGAGUCCUCUACAAGCACCUACUCGACCUCAAAGAAAACGGAGGCCAGCUCCAAAGCCGCCUAUUCAAGCUCAAGCAGAGAUUAAAAACGAUAUUGAAGAAAAUUCUGGAGAUUCUAGCAAAGAUAAAGUGAUGAUUAGCCACAGUCGAAAUAGCAGCGAUAGUUCUGGUUAUCAUGAAGCUUCUGUGUUAAGUGAUAAUCCAGAUUCCGCGGGAAGACUUCCAGAAACAUUGCCCAGAAGGAACAAAGUUCCUUUCGAAAUGUCCCGGAAAUUAGCUCAAACGUCACAGUCCAGUAAAAGCCUGAAUAAUUUGGCUUCUGUACCUGGUACACUUAGUCAUGGCAUUAGCAAUACUUCAUUGAGUUCUACAGGAUUACGAAAGAAAAGAGUUGCACCUCCUCCGCCAGUAACUAGACCUUUAUCGUCAGCGAUUUCUACUCAAGCAUUAGAACGUAUAGUUGACUCUGAAGAAUCCUUAACAUCAGAUAUGGAUCCUUCUAAACCUCCUUCUGACAUUGGUGUUCCAUCUAAAGCGAAUUCAGAUAUAGAAGAACGUCCAAAAGCCAACUCAGAUAUUGGAAUAACAACUGUUAGCUCAAUAUUGUCUUCGAGUAUUGAUUUUAUAAAAUCUGAUACUACAAAAGUAGAAUUAGAAUCAAAGAGCGGCAAAUCUGAUCUUGAAUCGUGUCAUAGAUCUGAUUCUAUAAAUGUUAAGUUACCCAGCACGGAGUCAAAACACCCUGCACCAAUAGAAGAUGCUCCUCUAGAUGCUAGAGUACUGCGGAAGAGAGUUGCAGUACCUGUUCCACAUCCUAAGCCUAGAAAUACCACUACAAUACGGCCCGAGGUUGCAAAACGCAAGUUAAUAUCACCUUCCCCAUUGAGUAGAACGCUCAGCUCAAAUUCUAAUAAUAAUAAUAUAGACUGCUUAUCAAAUGAUUCUGCACAAUCCAACAUUGAAAGUUUUACAACUGACGCGAAUUCGUAUGUCACUGAUGCAAAGAUUUAUACUGACAGCGAUGGAUCUAGCAAAAAAAAUUCUGUAAGAUGUGAAGAGGAAUUGGAAAUCUCUUGUAAUUACUUUACUAAUGAAAAAGAAGUAUUCAUGACACCUGCUGGCGAAAGUGAAGCAAAUUUCGAUUAUAGUUCAGAAAUUUUAGAAAAAUAUGAUUUUAAAUCUACAAACAUAAAAAAUGAUGAUGAUGAUGAUAAUAAUAAUGAUAAUAGAACUGAUCAUAAACAAAAAUUGAAUAUAAAUAUAAAUAAAGAAAAUAUAGAAAAUUCUUUAAAUGGAGAUUCUAUAUUGAUAAACAGUGAUUUAAUGUCAAUUAAGAAUACUUCUGGACAGGAGAAAAAACUCUGUACUGUAAUUUCUACAAUGCCAAAAUGCAAUCACUUGAAUAAAUUAUAUAUCAAUGAUAUGAUUACACAAACUAAAGAAGGGGAAUAUUUAAAAGAUCUAAAAAAAGCUAAACUACCUCGGACAGCAUCAAAGUCAAAUGAUUUUGAAGUAAAUUCAUUGGAAAAGCAAAAAAGACAUUUAACAUCUCAUGCAGAGGAUAUUACAUUUGCUUUGAAUCUAAAUGUGACAUCUAUUCUGUUGCCUGAUCAAUCGAGAGAAGUCGACAAAAAUUUUGCACAAUUACCGAAGACGAAGAAAAAUACUGAUUCCAAAAAUGUGGAUGAAGAAAAAUCCUGUAUAACAGUGGGUUCAUCAGAUAUAGAUCUCUCAGAGACUGAUGUCCUGCUCCAAAAAGUAUUUGAUACUUUAUCCAAUUCCGUUUCAUCAUCCGAUGAAAUAGUUGCUCCAGCAAAAACUAAAUUAAAGUCAAAGGAUAUUUCCAAAGAAACAGAACAGAAAAAUAAAAAGAAUGCUGAAUAUCCUAAUGAUUUAAAUAUGAAUACCAGUCCAAAUUUAACUAUAAAUUCACAACAGGAUACGUCAGAUUAUGUAUCAACACUUGAAGAAGAUUUAUCCAUCGUUGAAUGGGAGUAUCAACUUCCAGCUCCUCCAAGUGCCUUUAGAGACAAUGCAUCUCCAGUUUUUGAUAAUUUUGAAGCAAUCACUCCUAUAUCCGAGUCUUUGAUAGAUACAAAAACAGAAGAAACAAUUCAAACUUCAAAAAACAAAAAUCUAAAAAAUAUUAUAGGAAAAAAAGAAAGACAAAAAAACAAGGAACAAUUAUUGGAAAAUGAAGUUAAGAAGCCAAAUUCACAAGAAAAAUCAAAUAAAGAACAAAAAUCAGAGUCAAAUAUUAAAAAGGAAGUGAUUUAUGAAUUAAAAAAUAAGAUAGGUAUUUUACCCCAGUCUGUAAAUGAUGUAGACUCUAAAAAGAUAUCAAAUUCUUCAACUUCCAAAAUUGCUCCUAUAGAUAUCACUCUAUCAAAUUUUACUAUUACGACAUACAGUAAACAGAAGAAUUUGAAUAUAUUCGAAGAAAUAGAACAGUUCAGACAAGAAAAUUCUGAUGAUAAAUUUAUUAGAUCUUUUGCAACUUUAUCUAGAAAUAGGGGUAAUCUGGAUGAGAAUGAAAAUAAAAACUCGAAAGAAUUCAAUAUAGGGACUUUACAAGGAAAAAAAAAAGUAGUUACAGGAGAUGAUAAAUUGAAUAAUAUUAAAAAGCUGGAACCAAAGAUACAAAUGGAAUCCUUGCAGAGGUGGCAGUAUGGCAACGAAAAAAGCAAUAUUCAGCGGUCCAAAAGUUAUAUAUCUAUAUGUGAUAAACCUAAUUUUCAAGGAAAUACGUAUGAAGACAAAAAUAUUAAAAAUGUUAAACAUACGGAAAUGGAUGAUGCCGGAAUGAAAAAGGCAAUGAGCAUUAAUAAUUUAAAUAUAACUGUGCCUAAAAAUAAUGAAAAAUUUUCGCAAUGGCGGGAUAAUAUUUUAAAGCGGCAAGAAAAUCCUACCAAAGAAAAAAAAUUACAGUCUUUACAGGUGCUGAAAAGCAUUUUGCCGCAGUUGAAAAAUGCUCAACAGGCGGAGGAAAAUGUGUCCAAAGAUUCGAAUAAUACAAUAUUAUUUGAAGAAAAAAGGACCGAGAUCAUGUCUAACGAAUAUUCGAAAGAAUCGAAUGUCGUUCCGACUGAACCUCAGUCAGCACCAAGUAGUAAAAAAAUAGAAUCAGAAACGAAUUCAAAAAUGAAUGCAAAACGCUAUAUCUAUUCAGGACCUCCUACAAUUAAUUUAGGUAGUUGGUCUGAACGGCCGAGUGCCAAUGUUCAGAUAAAAAUGGAUUUAGAUUACAAAUUUGGAACGCAACAAGCCAAUAGCAAAACAAUUGUUAAUGUAAAUAAUAUUAAAGAUGAGAUAGAAACUUCUUCUAAUAGUGAAACUUUUAAAAUGCAAAAAAAUAAAUUUGAGAUUACAACUUCGGAUAAAAAUAAACCGAAUGAUUUAGUCAAAAAAUUGAUUACUCAUACAACAGCUUCAGGCUUUAAAAAGUCAAUGCCGAAUAAUAUUAUUGACACAAACUCAAAAGUUAUUAAUGAUAAACCAAUUGUAACUGGAGUAGAAUUAAAAAAGAGUUCUCCAGAAAACAAACAAGAUAACAGUGUUAUAGAUACUACUCCAGUGAAUUUUAAAGAAUUAACGAAAGCAUUUGGUCAAGAUGUUUGUCUUAGAUCGAAGCCAAAACAAUCUAAUAUAAUUCAACGGUCGGAAUUUCAACAAAAUAAUUGCAGCAUGCAAAAUGGGCAUAACCUUAAUCAAUGUUUAACAAAUGUCUACCAAAGUAGUUUAAAACCUAAAAGUUUUACAUCAAUUGCAGUCAAUCCAACACAAAAUCAAAAUAAUUUGAUUUUCAGAAAUGGCAUAAACUUGAAAGGAAAUCAACUAAUGCCUGUUGUAAAAGGAUUUAAAUUUUCAAAUUUAAAAUCAGAAGAAGAUCAAGAUCAAAAAAUACAAGUCCAUGUGAUAAAAAAAGAUACAAAGAUAGGAAUAAAGAGAGAUGAUAUUAAAGAAUUUUCCAAGGAAUCAUCAAAUGAUAUUCCGAGAUCUCCUACAAUGCCGGUGAUAACAGGUGUAACUUUGAAAAGCGCGAGACCGAAAUCCAUGCCCGCUCAAAUAGAUCAGCGAGACAUUUUAUUAGAAUCGAUUCGAAAUUUUGGUGGUCGCGAAAAUUUAAAGAGUGCAACGGAAAGAUGUUAACUUUCAGAAAUUAAAAAAUGAUCCUAUCUGAGGAUAAUACUGGAUAAUACUGCCGAGAAGAACUGGCAUUCUUAAAAAGAUAUUUUGGUGCUUUAUGUCAUAUAGUCUGAGUGAUAAAGAAAAGGUUGGCAAUUAUCAAAAAAAGAGGACAAGAAUCAUAUAUAUAUAUAUAUAUAUUUUGAUCACGAUUGAAUGAUCAUUUAUUUUUCUUUCUUAUUUUUAUUCUUUUUCUUGAUUAUCCAACCUAUAAUUUCUUCGAAAUCAUUCUAUUAAUAAUUCUUUUGAUUUAUGUAAAAACCGACUCGUUACAUGUUAUUCGGUCACAUGUAAAUAUCGCGUGUAAAAAAUCGGAACAAUCAAAAAGAAGAAUUGUCAAUAAAAAAAAAUCGAUGAUGUAAAUAUCGUUUACGCAUUGAGGCGA